ACAGCAUCAGCAUUUUUUUCCCAACAGAUUCAUCAGGAUGAGUAUGUGUGGCCCACCAAGCCUCCUGGAGCUGGCUGUACAGAGCCUGCUGAAGGAUGAUGCUUUGGUCAUUGCUGCUCUGGAAGAGCUGCCUGUAGAGCUCUUCCCACCUCUGUUCAUGGCAGCCUAUACUGGGAGACACAAUGAGAGUGUGAAGAGGAUUGUGCAGGCCUGGCCCUUUGCCUACCUCCCUCUGGGGUCCCUGAUGAAGGAAGGGCAACCAUACCAGGAGAACUUCCAAGCUGUGCUCAGUGGGCUCGAUGCCCUGCUUGCUGAAGACAUUUGCCCUAGGCAGGGGAAACUGCAAGUACUGGAUCUAUGUCAGAAAACUAUAUGGUCUGGUAGCAGGGAUGGCAUGUGCUCACUGUCCCAGGCCAUCCUGCCAUUGAUGAAGGUAAAGGUGGAUGGAUCCAGUAUGGGAGCAAAAGAGCCCAGGGCUCCUCUGAAGGUGUUCAUAGAUCUCUACCUCAGUAUUGGCAGCCACGAUGAAUGGCUCACUUCUCUGAUUGAAAAGGCCAAGCAGUGGAAAGGUUUACUACACUUAUACUGUAACAAGCUGAGUAUUUUUGCACUGUCCGUACAAAAUAUGAAGGUAUUGAAAAUGGUGAGGCUGUAUUCUGUCCAGGAUUUGGAACUGGUCUGUAACUGGAAAUUAUCAGUCCUGGGGAAGCUCCUUUCUCUUCUACCAUACAUGGGUAAAUUGCACAGACUCUUCCUGUCUCAGACACAGAUGUCCCAGUGUAGUUCUUGGGAGGAGGAGGAGCAGUUUGUGGAGACGUUCAGCUCUCAGUUGCUCAGUCUACAUCACCUCCAGGAGCUUCAUUUGGAAUCCAUCAGCUCUCUUGAAGGCUCCUUGUGCAGUUUGCUCAGGUGCCUGAGGAGCCCCUUGAAGAUCCUCUCUCUCACCAAUUGUCUGCUUCUAGAAUCAGACUUGAUGAAUUUGUCUAAGUGCCCCAAUACAAGACAGCUAAGGGGACUGUGUCUAAAUAGGGUUAUCCUGAUGGACAUAAGUUCUGAGACCCUGGAAGCACUGCUAGAGAAUGUAUCGAGUACCCUCCAGGUCCUGAGCCUAGAGGAAUGUGGGAUCAUGAACCUCCAACUCACUGCCAUUCUGCCUGCCCUGAGACACUGUUCCCAGCUCACAACCUUUAGCUUUUCUGGGAACCCCAUCUCCAUAAAUGUGCUGUUGCGAGUCGUUCGCCACACCAUUGGACUGACCAACUUAAGGCGUGUGCGGUACCCUGCACCACUGGAAUUUUAUGAGCAUGUUGGAGAUGGGUUGCUUGCUACCCUACAAGCCAAGCUGAUGCAGAUGCUACAAGAGUUGGGGCGGUCAGACAUGGAGUGGCUCAGUGGCAAACCCUGUCCUCAUCGUGAGUGGCCCUUCAGUGACCUGUGGCCCAUGCCCUGGUAGCAUCUACACAGGUAAGUAGCCCUAUCCACAGCUUUGGUCUGGACAUGUGGACACCGAAGCGUACAAAUCACAGAAGCCACAGUUACAAAGGACUGCUCAUGGUAAGCAGGAAAAGGAAAGAUGAUCAGGGAUGCGAGUUAGACAUUGACUUGGGGCAGUUUGGUCAUUGUCAAAAAUAUCCUAAGGCAUUACAAAUGAGAAUUUGAAAUUUUACAUGGGUAGGGUGAUGUAUAAGAAUUGUCCCUACAUUGAUGAAUGUAAAGAGACAGCCAUAAUUAAAGAAACCUUAGUAUAAA